UGUGACAAAAAAGUGUAAAUAUAUCAAAGUGAAAGUAGGAUUUGUGAGAUGGACGUGUCGGUAAACCCAGCAGCGAUAAAGUGUAUCAGAUGACUGGGAAAUGUCGUGAUUACAGAAACAGAUGAAAUUAUAACACAACUGUAACAGACCACUCUCAAGAUGGACGACUGCAUAUGCCGUGAGGAAGAAGUUCGGGGGAUGGGUUUGAAUGAGCUUUGUGAUCAGCUUGAUAAAAUGGACGUGGAUUAUUCCUCACUAGAAGACAUUGAGGAAAUUCGGGAUUUGGUUCUAAAAUCAAUUAAUGAAAGAAGCUCGCCAAAUCUUGAAAGGAGAAAAUCACAAGUGUCAAGUGAGGUAAUGGGAGAAAUGCUAGAGCGAGACGCCAGAAUGAGAAAGAUAGUGGCGGAUCUAUACACCUCCUUGAUACGCAUGCUUGAAAUGCCAAACUUUAAGAAGAAUCUUGGUACAGAAAUGACUAAGGAAUAUAAUGGUUACAUCAGUACGGUGGAGAAGUACAGAGAACAGCUAGAGAGACGCCAUUGUCCUAUUGUCGUAGCCGGAGAAACAGGAGCGGGGAAAUCGUCCUUGUUAAAUCUCAUUAUGGGAGAACAUGUGCUUCCGCGCCAAGUCUUAAGUUCUACCUCCACCAUUUGUCAAAUAUUCAACAGCACCACCAAGCGAGCUGAAGUCAUUAAGACGAAUGGAGAAAAAAUUUUUCUCAAUGAUGUCUCUGAAGCUAAACUUUCCAAGUACGUCAGUGUGGACCGGUCCGGAGAAUCAACUGAAAAAUACAAAGAAGUCAAUAUUUACUGGCCCCUUCCAAUGCUGCAGGAACACGCCACGAUUGUUGAUACACCUGGUAUAGGAGAAAAUGAAGAGAUGACUGAGGUCCUACUCAACUUUCUUACGGAAGCUGUAGCUUUUAUUUACGUCAUAAACACGACAAACGCCGGAGGGGUCCAAGACGACAGGCUUGUAAGAAUAUUUCAAAAACAGAAAGAAUUCGAAAAUAUGGGCCGCUUACAGCAAUUUGAUCCUGAAUGUGCAAUCUUUGUUUGUAACAAAUGGGACCAAGUUCCAAAAGAGGAAGAGAAGAGAGUAUUGGAAGAUAUUGCAAGAAAACUGAAGACCCACUGGCCCACCAGGCGUGACGUGAACAUUACAGAACAGAUGUUUAAAAUGUCCACGACAGAGGAUUUAAGAAGAGCUGAUGCUGGGCUCGGCUACACAGAUAAGUUUAAGAGUCUACUCUCUGGUAUUGAUCGCCUGGUUGGCGCCAGUUUGGAGAGAAGAGUCAGGAGACAUGUAGACUGGCUACAGAUUUUUCUAGAUAGACUUCUUGUGAAAGUUAUAGCCAGAAUAAACGCAACAAGAAAGAAUCAAGAAGAAAGAGAACAAAUGAAAAUUGAAGUGGAGAGGAGAUUGAAGACAUUAAAAGACGAAACAGAGGAUGUGAAAAAUAGAAUGGAAUUAGCAGCAGAGCUGAAAUGCAAGCAUAUUGCAGAAAAACUAACAGAUCACCUUAACAAUCAGGAAACCAAGAACCGGAUGUUUAAAUGGCAAAAGGAUGAUCUGCCAGAUGACAAUGAUUUGGAUCUUAUCAAAUAUAAAUCAAAACAAAAAAUACAAGAUAAAAUCAACAGUGAAAUCGUCCAGUGGUGUCAAGAAAAUGACAUUGAGGGAACCUCCUCGCACCUGUUUGAUUUGUUCAUCAAAGAAUGUAAAUUAAUUAAAGGAAAUUACACAGAAAUAGACCAAAUCAUUCAAGGAAUUAAACCUCCAAUCGCUGAUGGGAACGUUCCCCAGGCAACCGAGAACUCAUCUGAUUUUGAUGCAUCAAAGUCAAGGUCCAUCUUUCCUUUACAGGAACGCAUUGCCCUUGCCGCUUUUGCCCCUCUGUGGCUGCCGUUGGUAAUUGGGGCUAGUGUUUUGGCACUUCCUGUGGCUAUCGGGAUGCUUGUCAAAGACGUCAUAGAAGAAAAACAGAAAAUAAAGCAUUACAGAGAAAAUAAAUUAUCACAUAUUUUAAAAUGGGCAGAAGAAGAAUUGAAAUGUUACAACACUGAUCUUAUUUUUAGUGGUUUACAACAGACAUAUUUAAAAGAUUUCAUGUCCAGCAUAAAACUGGUCUGUAAAGAUAUUAUUCCUAAACAAAUAGAGGCUGAUGAAGAACUUAUAGAAAAUAUAGUGAAAGAAAGCCGAGAUUCACAGACUGUUAGACAAGAAUACACACCAGUUGAACAAAAAUGCAAAGAAAUAGUUGGAGAACUUCUUUGUUUUAAGUUGCAACAUCUUUCAGAGUGCCAACCACGCAUUAUAAAAGAGCUAGUGCCUUUGGGAAGAGGGGCAUACUCUAGUGUUUUGUCAUGUGACGCAGAGAUCGGACAAAAACAAAUACGUUGCGCAGUGAAGAAAAUGGCGUCACCAUUACAUGCAGAGAACAUUUAUCUUCAUCUUACUGAGGCAGCAAAUCUUAGAGACUUUCAACAUGAGAAUAUCGUCAAUUGCUUUGGGAUCGCCAUUGAAACAGAUCGGCAAGAAAGAAGAUACCUACAUAUUUUCAUGGAAAUGUGUGACUGCUCACUGGAAGACCUUGUUUUGUGUUACGGCCAUCCAAUGGAACUCUGCAGUUGUAACAAACUGCGAAGAAAAACAUGUCAUUUAUUCAAAGAAAAUGAUAGAGACAGCCAGGAGUUCCUCGAUGAGUGGGCCUUUUUUCUGAAAAUGUUGAAAGGCAUAUUGAACGGUCUGGUUUACCUACAUGACAAGGAUUUCGUUCACAGAGAUCUUAAACUGUCAAACGUUCUGGUCAAGGAUAACACAGCUAAAAUCGCAGACAUCGGUCUGUCUAAACCAGGAAAUUUACUCACUGGAACAAUCAUAGGAACCCCUGUUACCAUGGCACCGGAAGUGUUCGAAGGACAGAUAUAUAAUACGUCAGCAGAUAUUUUUAGUCUCGGUAUUAUGGUUUGGGAAAUGUGGUACGGUAGAAAGGUUUUUAGCGAGGAUGUUUAUCGUGACGUCAUAACGAAUUAUCAGUCCGUAAAGGAACACGUAACAGGAGGUACCCGACCUACGUUUGACCAUAAGUACCCACCACCGUCAGGUAUACAGACAUUUAUAAGUGACUGCUGGGCCGCCGAGGCAGGCCAGAGGCCUACAGCACGGAAGCUUUUGAGUACACUCGGUCAGAUUGAGGACAGUACAUGUUAACUCUGUAAAAAAGUACAAAGAUGGGAAAAAUACUCAUUUAUUAAAUAUAAUGGGAAAAAAAUGUAUCUUUUGAAUAAUGAUGUGUGUGUGUGUGUGUGAGAGAGAGAGAGAGAGAGAGAGAGAGAGAGAGAGAGAGAGAGAGAGAGAGAG